AUGGACCCAGCAAGCGCUAUUGGGCUGGCUGCAGCUCUAUCGGAGCUCAUUGGUACUGCCAUGGAGAUCGUGAAUAUGGCAAACAAGAUAGCCAAUGCGCCAAAAAAUCGCAGAUCACUCACACUGGAGAUGGUCAGCCUUAUCGGCAUCAUGUCGAACCUCAAGCAGCGCGUAGAAUCCGCACGAAAAGAGACUGAUCCAUGGUUCAAGGCUGUGUCGAUGCUAGACUGGGAGAAUGGACCUCUUCAGCAAUUCAAGAUAGCUAUGAACUAUAUCUCCAAAAAGCUGGAACCUCAAUUCGGUAGAGACAUAAGAUGGGCUUUCAGUGAGCACGAAAUCAAAGAUGCAUUGAUGCAGAUCGAGAGGAUCAAAACACUCAUAACCAUGGCUCUCCAGGACGAUAUCUUCACUUUGACGCAGGCCACUAAGAAGGUCAUCGACGGCAUGGAUAAUCGAACCGAGAUGAUGCAGAAGAACGUUGUCAAUAUCGGCGAUGGUAUACAGGGAAUAUCCUUGGGUGUCAUGACUCUGACCAAAGACGCAAGUGAUCAAAGGCGACGCGAUAUCGCCACGUGGUUGUCACCUCUCAAUUUCCUCGGUCGCCAGGAUGACAUCUUCCGUCGCCGGCAAGCUGGAACCACCAAAUGGCUCCUGGAAUCGAAAGAAUUUAAAGAUUGGGUUGUGGGCAAAAGGAAACUAUUACGAUGCUCAGGUAUACCAGGCGGGGGUAAGACUACAGCCGCUUCAGUCGUUGUAGAACACUUGAAGUCACGGCCCAAGCUCGGCAAGAUUGCUGUUGCAGUUAUCUACUGCAACUACAAAGAGCAAGGAGACCAAAGCGUUACCAACCUCAUUUCAAGUUUGAUCAAACAGUUGCUGCAAGAUGAUGGGCCGCUGCCGGACGAGCUGUUGUCUCUCUAUCGCCGACACAGCGACCGGGAUACGCGUCCAUCUCUCCAAGAGGUUUCCAGCAUCAUGCAAAACCUGGUGGAAUCGUACGAUAAGGUGUUCAUCGUGAUCGAUGCGCUUGAUGAGAGUCCCGAAGACAUGGGUACUCGAACAAAUCUGGCUACUGAGCUCUUGAACUUUCGCUCGGAAAAGUGUAAUCUCAUGUUCACCGCGCGUAACUACGCAGGGCUGGAAUCUCUUUUCCCAGAUGGUGUCUCUAUCGAGAUUGCGGCAACAGAUGAGGAUGUGCUUAGCUAUGUGGAUGCUCGAAUAGCACAGUCCCACCGGCUUGCGAAACAUUGCAGAUCUCAUUCAGACUUGCAGGAGGAUAUCAGGAGAACAGUUGUAGAGAAAACUCACGGGAUGUUUUUACUUGCAAGACUUCACAUGGACGCUAUGGAAAACAAGACUACAGUAAAGGCAGUGAGAACAGUUUUGAAUGCGCUACCAACGUCUCUGAACGCCACAUACAACGAUGCCAUGGACAGAAUAGCGAAUCAGAACGAGGAGGACCGAGAACUGGCACAACGUGUAUUGUUCUGGAUAACGUUCGCUAAAAGACCUCUCCGUAUACUCGAGCUGCGUCACGCUCUUGCUGUGGAAGAGGGCGAAACCGAUCUCGACGACGAAAACCUUGCAGAUCAAGAUAUUGUGCUAUCUGUUUGUUGCGGCCUGAUCGCCGUCGACCCAUCCACUACAGACGUACGCCUUGUUCACUACACUCUACACACAUACCUUGAGACAGUUCGCGAUACUAGAUUUCCAAACGCCGAGGCCAACAUUACCAAGACUUGCUUGAAAUACCUCACUUUCGAUGCCUUAGGUACUGCAGUCUGCAAGACGGAUCGUCAGAUGGAAGCUCGCCUACUUGAGCACCCUUUCCUUCUGUAUGCCGCUCAAUUCUGGGGUGAACAUGCUCGUGGAGAAGUCGAAAAAUUGUUGACAGACACAAUCCUAUCGUUCCUUCACGAUGAAAAUCGCCUCAUCUGCUGUGUUCAAAUCAUGUGCAUACCAGAGCACCGGUACUCGGGAUACAGUCAGAUGUUCCCACGCGAAUUCGAUGUUCUUUGGGUAACAGCGUCAUUCGGCUUAGCGCAUAUCUCACAAAUCAAGCUCCAAAGUGGAGGCAAUGUGAGCGCCGCUGACUCUCUCCGUGGACAUAGCCCUUUACACAGAGCCGCAUUGGCUGGGCAUCUGAAUGUUGCGAAGUUAUUGAUCGACAACGGGUCGUCGAUUGAUGUUCAGUGCGCACAUUCGGGGUUUACGCCGCUCCGUGUGGCAGCUCAACAAGGGCACGGCAAGAUAGUGUCCUUAUUGAUUGCUUCGGGUGCAGAUGUCAACAUAAAGGCAAACGAUGGUAAGCAACCACUCCACGGUGCCGCCUCCAAGGGUAUAGUCUCAGCCAUCGAAUCACUACUCGAUCGGGGAGCAGAUAUAGAAAUGCGGGACACUGCUAUGCAAACUUCUUUGCACGUCGCAGCAACGAACGGUCACGUGGCGGCAGUCGAAUUCCUCCUCAACCGGUCUGCAUUUGUGGAGGCCAAAGAUCGGGGCGGUCGCACAGCUGUCCAUCUUGCGGCCGUCAAUGGUCACCCUAUGACUACCCUGACUUUGUUGAAACGAGGAGCCAGUCCAGAAUCCCGCGAUCGUGACCACGGCACUCCUCUCAUGGAUGUGGCUGAGGCAGGGCAGAAGGCGACGCUAUUGGUGCUCCUAGAGCAUGGGUCAGAUGUAAACGCACGGGAUAUGCGCGGGAUGGCUGCUCUUGACUUUGCUGUCAAGCAUCGCAGACAUGAAAUAGUCUCGAUGCUUUUACGAUGGGGAGCCAAUUCGAACUCAAGGGAUCAAGACGGAUUCACGGCGUUACACAGAGCUGCCAUGAUUGGCGAUGUAACAGCAGUAACCAUGUUGCUCAAACAUGAUGCGAAUGUGAACAAAGGGGACGCGAGGGGGGAGACACCUUUGCAGCAGGCAGCCUGGUUUGGACACACAGAAGUUGCCUAUCUUCUUCUGAGGGCUGGUGCCACGGUUCACGACUCAACGCUGGAUGGGCAGACAGCGCUACACCUGGCUGCCAGCAACGGACAUAGUCCCAUCGUAGCGGUUCUGCUUGGGCAUGGAGCCAACACAAACACUAAAAAUAAGAAAGGAGAAACCGCACAAGACCUUGCUCAGUGCAAUGAGCACGCAGGAGUGGUGCAGCUUUUCUCUGUCGUGAGUCCGGACGUCCGUAGCUCAUCAGAAUCGGGCCUCGACUGGAUAACGGUCGAGAAGGCAGAUUCCCUAGAUCUCGAGCGGCCAGUAAUUUCGUUGCCGAGGGCACUGACCUAUUCCGAUAAGAGCAUGAAUGCUCAACCACCACCACCGAAGCAGGACGUGGAGAAGAGGUUCGAGCCUGGCAUUCAGAACGCUAUUGAGGAGGCAACAGCUAUGCUCUCAGACCCAGCAGUUUUCAAAGCCCUGAACGUCUCUCGAGAGGACACAGUGGUUGAGCUGUGGGGCGCUCUAGGUUUCUCACUGAAGGCCGUCGUCACGGUACCGGGAGAUAGCCAGGUCAAGAGGUACUUUGUGAAGACUCGGAUCAACGAAGCCCGUGACGAUCUCUAUUAUGGCGAGUACCUUGGUCUUCUAGACCUCCAUAAGGCAUGUCCUUCUUCAGUUCCCUACCCGAUCGCUCACGGAAACUUGUCCGCGACAGUAGGCUGCUUCCUCGUCAUGGAAUAUCUCGAUCAAGACACAAGUGGCAAUCUCAUAUCAGCUACAAAUACGAUGUCACUCGCUCAGAAGCUUGCGACACUGCACUCCGCUCCCACCUCUAUACCUGAAGGCUUCAGUGCACCGGUAUUCGGGUUCCCAGCAGUCACUUAUUGUGGACCUACGCCACAAGCAAACAAGUUUUCGUCAUCUUGGCGCGAGUUUUUUGUGCAUGAUCGUAUGCGUAUGAUCCUGAAAUCUUGCGAAGUCGAACGGGAAUCAGAUAAUGAAUUGAGAUACUGGGUCGAGCGCACGAUUGACGGACCGAUUGCACAUCUUCUCGCUGACGGACAUCUCGGUGGUCAGAUGGGUAUCAAGCCCGCAAUCGUUCAUGGUAAUUUGUGGUACGGCAACAAGAUGCGAGGAACCAUUUCCAGCUCUUUCACAAGCUACGAAGCUGAAGACAUCUUGUUCGACCCAUCAGCAGCUUGGUGUCACAGUGAGUUUGAGUUGGAUAUCUUGUGCUUGUUUGGUGGAUUCAGCGCAGGAUUUUUUCAGGAGUAUCAUAGUCUCAUACCGAAAACGGAUCCGAAGCAUGAGUACGAUGACCGCGUAGAGUUGUAUAUGUUGUAUCAUCAGUUGAAUCACUGUGCGCUUUUUGGUGGCGAGUACAGGGGGGAGAGCAUAGCAAGGAUGAGAAAGCUCUGCGCAAAGUAUCCUGUAAAAAAGGGAGAGUAG